UUCUCUACAACCAAUUAUUUCUCUACUGGAUCUGAUGCUUUCCCAAUUUUGUGUUUUUCUUUUUAAUUCUAUUCAAGCUGUGUUUUUUUCUCUUCGAAUAAAAGAUUGUCAUGUAUGCUAUGUUUAUUGCAAUGAAAGAAUAUCGAUUGGGUUUUGUAGAUUGAUGGCUUGAAUGUCAAUUGGUUUGUUCUGCUUUAUGAUUUAUUUGAAGGUUUUCUUUUUGGAUAGCUUCACCGCCAUCUUUGGUGGAAUAGUGAGUUCCUUUAUAGGAAGAAAAAAGGCCCAUUUUGCUUGCCUUCUAAGGGUGGCUCUUUCUUUACUUAUUCAGUGAUAAGCAGUGGACUGGAUUGAUGCACAAUGCAGAAGUCUCGUAAAGCUCUUCUGGGAAGAAGAAGGGCUUUAGAGGACACCAUCACCGGGAGCAGUCGUUUGUAUAAAGUCUCUCUGUCUUUGGUUUUUGUUUUAUGGGGCCUUCCAUUCCUAUUGAGCUUAUGGAUAAGUCACGGCGACGGUCACGAAGUUUCAGAUAAAACUGUGAUAUCCUCGAUUGGCAUAUCAACGUGGGAAGAAGCUAAAAAACUGCAAUGUGGAGAAAAUUCCAGUCCUGCUGAUGUACAUCCACCAGUGGAGAACUCUAACUCUAUCCAUUCUUCUGAGGCUCCAUGCAUAAAUGAUGCUGCAUCAAGUAAUGGAGUAAAUGGAUCAAAUGAUCCUGAAGGAUGUAAAGAUGAUGUAGUGACUCAAGGAAGUGUAAGUAAUGAGUCAGUUGCUGGACAGCAACCUGAGGUGGAUAAUUCCAGUGCAAGCACGAAAUCUGAAAAUAAUAUCCCAAAGACAGAUCGUCUGUCUCAUGUUGUGCCACUUGGUCUGGAUGAAUUUAAGAGUAAAACGUAUAGUUCCAAAAGUAAACCUGGAAUUGGUCAGAGUGGAGGUAUAAAGCAUAGGGUGGAGCCUGGAGGGAAGGAAUACAACUAUGCAUCAGCAUCGAAAGGAGCUAAGGUCUUGGCUUUCAACAAGGAAGCCAAAGGUGCCUCAAAUAUCUUAGGCAAAGACAAAGAUAAGUAUCUUCGCAAUCCAUGUUCUGCAGAAGACAAAUAUGUUGAUAUAGAGCUUUCAGAAGAGACUUUAGUUGACACAAUAGAGUUAGCUAAUUUUGAACAUUACUCAUCAAAUUUGAAGGACUUUGAACUGUGUGGCAGUUUGGUUUAUCCAUCAGAUGAAUGGGUCAAACUAGGAAACUUCACUGCUGCUAAUGUUAAGCUAGCACAGAGAUUUGUUCUUCAGGAACCCAAAUGGGUGAGAUAUCUAAAGGUGAAUCUUCUAAGCCACUAUGGGUCUGAGUUCUAUUGUACACUGAGUACUAUUGAAGUUUAUGGGGUGGAUGCUGUUGAAAGAAUGCUUGAAGACUUGAUAUCUGCUCAAGGUACUAAGUCCAUGUCGGAGGGAGCAAAAGGUGACCAGAAACCUGUUUCAUCCCAGCCAGAGCCCCUUGAGGAUUAUGAUAUUAAUAAAAAAAAUGCCAAAGAAACAGGAUCUCAAACUGCAACUGGAAGCCCGAUUGUGAACCUAGAAUUUUCGAAGAGUGAUGUGCCUGAUCCUAUUGAAGAAGUGCGUCAUCAACAAGUUGGAAGGAUGCCUGGGGACACAGUUCUCAAAAUUCUUAUGCAGAAAGUCCAUUCCUUGGAUGUAAAUUUAUCUGUUUUGGAAAGAUACUUGGAGGAAUUGACUUUAAAAUAUGGCAAUUUUUUUAAAGAAAUCGACAAAGAUAUGGGAGAGAAAGACAUACUUAUAGAGAAGAUCAGAACAGGCAUAAUGAAUCUCCUUGAGAAUCACAGGACUUUGGCUACAGAAAUUGAUGAUCUUAAUUCUUGGAAGUCCAUUGUCUCCUUACAGAUGGAUAAGUUAAUCAGGGACAAUGCCAUUCUCAGAUACGAGGUAGAUAAGGUGCGGGAGAAGCAGAUGUCGAUAGACAAUAAGAAUGUCUUGAUAUUUCUUUUAUGUUUAAUUUUUUCGUUAUUGGCAGUUGUGAGGCUUUUCAUAGAUACGGCGGCUAGUGUUUAUAAGGCAUUGAGUGCUGACAGAAUAAACAAUUCCAGGAAAUUUUGUUGGAUGAGUUCUUCCUGGCUUUUCUUACUAUUGAGUUGCAUCCUUACCUUGUUCAUUCUCUCAUUGUAAUUUAUGCUCAUAUCGUUAAAGUGUAGCCCCUGUGGCUCCCAUUCUUUUUGCCUAAGUUCUAAGUGAGGAAAAGAAAAAGAAAAAAGUCCCUCUCUUCAUUUUUAUAAUGAUCAAAAGUUCCCAGUUUUGUUGUC